UAGCGCGCCGGCGGCUGCUUCCGGCGCGGCGCGGUGGCUGCCGGGAUCGAUUUCCUUGGUGAUUUGGAUAGCUGCUGUGUUUGCCCCGGCUCCUACGGCCGCCCGGCUUUCUCAACUCCUUUUCAUCCGAUCCCCCCCAACGGCGGUCCUGUCCGAGGGGCGGCCCUGGAUUAGUUGGAGACCCUUCUCCCCUCCUCUGCCUUUCUCCCUCUCUGUGUCGCGACACUCCCUCGAGGAGGGAGAACAGGGGUGUAGCGACUCCGGCGGCGGCGCGGGGCCGGGGGAGAAGUCCCGGAGCCCCCGGGAUGCGGGGGCGACCCGGCGUCUCCUCUUCCCCGCCGCCGUUGCUCCUGCUCCUCCUGCUGCUGCGACCAGACGCUGCCCCGCGCGCCGACCGCGGGAAGCGCUUAUGCCCCUGUCUGGGCAGCUCGCCGGGGACUCUGCCCGCCCCGGGGCCCGGCGCCUCUGGGGAUGUGACCCACGCCUCCCGCCUGCCUAGCGCCACCUCCGGGCGCUGCCAAGGAUGGAUGCUCCAUAUGAUGGUACUGAGGUAACUGUCGUCAUGGAGGAAAUUGAUGAUACUUAUUCUUACUCCUCUCCUGGACCACCCAAGAAAAAGAAGAAAUAUAAAAUACAUGGAGAAAAGGCCAAGAAACCUAGAUCUGCUUACCUCUUGUACUAUUAUGACAUUUACCUGAAAGUACAGCAGGAACUUCCUCACCUUCCCCAGUCUGAGAUCAAUAAGAAGAUCAGUGAAAGCUGGAGGCUUCUUAGUGUGGCUGAGAAGAGCUACUACUUGGAGAAGGCCAAAUUAGAGAAAGAAGGUUUGGAUCCUAACUCUAAGCUAUCUGCAUUGACUGCUGUGGUCCCAGACAUCCCAGGUUUCCGCAAGAUCCUCCCUCGAUCUGAUUAUAUCAUUAUUCCCAAGAGCACUCUUCAGGAGGAUCAGAGCUGCCAGCCUUUAGAGCUAUGUGUGACGCAAGGCCCCACCAAAGGAAUACCAGUUACUUCAAGGGCUACUCAGGAGGCACUCCCAAGCAUUCUCUCUAUGGAACCCAGCCAGGCAGGUGCCCCAGAACAAUGCAUCACCAUUGAGGGGCUGGCAGAAGAGGUAGGCACUCAGCCUAACCAUGUCCAGGAAAUGGUUACUUCAGAGAUCCUAUCCCAUGAUGUUGUCCUGGAAGAAGCUGCCCUAGAGGUAGGAGAGAACCAUCCUUAUCAGACAAGUCUGGUCAUUGAGGAGACCCUGGUGAGCAGCACCCAAGAUAUCCCGAGUGGAAGUCUGGCUGUAUCCCACCCACAGGUGGGGGAUAAUGUAUCUGUGGUGGCAGUUGUGAGAGACUCCAGUGAAAGCAGUUCCUCAGCACCAACCACACAGUUCAUCAUGCUUCCUCUGCCCACCCACUCAGUUGUGGAAAACUCUGCCUCCAUCAAGCUGACUACCACUUAUACCCGCAGAGGCCAUGGGAACUGCACUAGCCCUGGUUGCUCUUUCACCUAUGUCACCCGACACAAACCACCAAAAUGUCCAACAUGUGGCAACUUUUUGGGAGGGAAAUGGAUCCCAAAGGUAAGAUCUACUGAAUACUUUUUAAACAUAGGGAGCUCUAAAUUUUAUGCUUCUUUCUGUAUUCAUACAGUAACAUUUUGUGAUCUAGGACUGGCAACGUCAAGAGGUCGGGGAAAGUGUAAGAAUCCGUCCUGUAGCUAUGUCUACACCAACAGGCACAAACCACGAAUUUGUCCCAGCUGUGGCUACAACCUUGCCAAAGACAGAACUGAGAAAAUACCGAAGUCUGUUGAGGUGAGCUCGCCAUCCCCCGAUGUGCUGAACACAACUGAGCCCUUGAGCCAGGCCCAGAAGGAGAUCCAGCGCCAAUCCACACUGCAACUAUUGCGCAAGGUCCUGCAGAUCCCAGAGAAUGAGUCGGAGCUGGCCGAGGUCUUCACCCUGAUCCACGAACUCAACAGCUCCCGACUCAUCCUGUCCAACGUGAGUGAGGAGACGGUCACCAUCGAGCAGACCUCUUGGUCGAAUUAUUACGAAUCUCCAUCCACGCAGUGCCUCCUCUGUAGCAGCCCAUUAUUCAAAGGGGGACAAAACUCCUUAGCUGGACCACAGGAGUGCUGGUUGCUGACAGCAAACCGAUUACAACUGGUUACUGCCCAGGUGAAGAUGUGUCUGAAUCCACAAUGUCUGGCCUUGCACAGCUUCACAGAUAUCUACACAGGUCUCUUUAAUGUGGGAAGCAAACUGUUGGUGAGUUUGGAUCUGCUCUUUGCAAUCAGAAAUCACAUCAAACUGGGAGAGGACCCUAAAGUGGCCAUCAGCAGUAUUCUGGAAUCAGUCCAAGAACAAACAGAGAAAACCCUGGGUCCUGAAGAAUUGAGCCAGCUCCAGGAGCUUCUGUGCAGUGGCUACUGGGCAUUUGAAUGCCUCACUGUGCGGGACUACAAUGACAUGAUCUGUGGUGUUUGUGGGGUAGCCCCCAAAGUAGAAAUGGCCCAAAGGAAUGAAGAUAAUGUUUUAGCUUUGAAAAAUGUGGAGUUCACUUGGCCAGAAUUCCUGGGCUCCAGUGAGGUGAAUGUAGAAGAUUUCUGGUCUACAAUGGAGACUGAGGUGAUCGAACAGAUGGCAUUCCCUGCCAGCAUCCCUAUCACCAAAUUUGAUGCCUCUGUUAUCGCCCCCUUCUUCCCACCAUUGAUGAGAGGACCUGUCGUUGUCAACACUGAGAAGGAUAAGAACCUGGAAAUUCAAUCAGUUCCUGGUAAUGGCAGCUCAAUGGUGAGGUUACUUCAGGAAGGCACUUUGAAACUGGAAGAGAUUGGCUCCUAUAGCAAAGAGCAGCUGCAACACCUUCUGGGGCUAUGCAGUAUUCCUUGGGAAGCAGAGGAGACUAAGGAUCAACUCUGUUACUCCUUGUUGGCUCUCUAUGAAUCUAUACAGAAUGGAGGAGGAGCUAGACAACCUCCCUCCCAUCUAACAGGGGGCAAAAUUUACAAGGUGUGUCCCCACCAGGUGAUAUGUGGCUCCAAGUACCUGGUUCGAGGGGAAAGUGCCCGUGACCAUGUGGACCUACUUACCUCCUCCCGCCAUUGGCCUCCAGUCUAUGUAGUGGAUCUGGCCACACCAGUGUCCUUGUGUGCUGACUUGUGCUACCCAGAACUGACCAAUCAGAUGUGGGGAAGGAACCAGGGCUGCUUUUCUAGCCCUACAGAGCCUCCAACAUAUAUGUCUUGCCCAGAACUUUUGGACCGACACUACACUGUGGAUAUGACGGUAGCUGAACAUUCAGUCCAGCACCCAGUCACCAAAACUACCACCCGGCGCAUUGUCCACACUGGAACAGACCCAAACAACCCCAGUGAUCCCAGCUCCAGGCACCACUCGCUCUCCCUAUGCCGUGAGCUGGAACCCUAUGAAGCUGUCCUCACUGCCAUUGCGGACAGCAAGACAAGCAACAUUCGCCAGCGACCUGUCACCUUUGACAAUGCUACUCAUUAUUACCUCUACAACCGCCUCAUAGACUUCCUCACCAGCCGAGAGAUUGUCAACCGGCAAAUUCAGGACAUUGUACAGAGCUGCCAGCCAGGGGAGGUGGUGAUCCGAGAUACUCUCUAUCGCUUGGGGGUGGCACAGAUCAAGACUGAGAUUGAGGAGGAUGAUUUGGAUCUUCAGGGGGAGGAAAGGGGAGUUUCUGAGUAAGCCAAGCUUAUCCCUGAUGGCACUGCUCCUUCUGUCUCAAGCCAUAGUUGGGGGGUGUCCCCAGGCAGAUACAUCCAGUGGGCUGGCAGGGACUCCCCUCUGCCUUCCAGUGAGAGAGAGGCCAUUUGCCUUUGACUGCUUGUGAUGACCAAAGAGCCAUGUGCUUCCGUCUGUUCUCAGGGCAGGCAAGAAGUCCCCCUGUAGAGACUGUUUCCUUUUAGAGUUAUGUACCACUUUCAUUUGAUGAUGGUGGAUGCUCCAGAAUUCACUUCCAGCCGUGGAAUAGCACUUAGGAUAUCAAAGCCAGUCUGUAACUGCCUCUGCUCUUCUCCAAUCCCCAUCUCCUACUCCCAGAAACCCAGUUUUCCAAGAGUGUGUGUGGUGGGACUUGGGCUCCUAUCUACGUAACAGGAGGAGGAGUGGGGUCAGGGCAGGAGACCAAGAAAUAAGACUGUUAAUUACUGAGUUAGUCCUUCCUGCUGAGUUGAGCUUUUGCUAUCCCAGACUUGCCAUGUCAUAAUCCUGUUUUUAGGAAGUUCUUUCUCUCUCUUUCAUUUUUGGCUCUGAGAGAGGACAUCUAGAAACUCUGCAGGGCUUUUGCAUGGUUUGAUCAGGCUUGUUAUUCCUGUGAUUUCCAGCUUCCACCCCUUUGGGCACUUUAUUCUUUCUGGUGCUAUGUCCUAUUCAUGGCCUAAGUCUUUUCUUACAAUAGAAACCAAAUCUGGAAGCAGUUUUAGGGAGCAGCAGUGGGAAGCCAGAGAGUCCUCCACUGAAAGAUUAGUCAGGAAUCAGCUGGCCUAGGAGCACCCAUCUUCUCCCAUUUCUGUUUCUGGGGUCUGCCUACAUCAUUCCCAACUGUAGCUUUGAGGAAGAGAGUUCCCCUUCCCUUUCUUUCCAGCUACAUCUUCCUCUACAUUUCCAUAUCACUCUGCUGAUGGGGACUUAGCCACUGAUCAUCCAGGAUUGACAUGGGACCGGAGGACAUGGGGAGGAUGUGGGCAAGGGCAGAGGAGCCUAUGGCACAUGUGUUGUGUCGAUGAACAUCCCUUCCAUGAAGGGGAAGCAGACUGGACUGUAAGAAUGGCAGAACUGGUCCACACACCCAAGGCCAUUAUGGUAUAGGAGUCUGCCAUUUCUUGAUUAAUUUAUUUGAGGAGUUGAUGAUUUUUUUUUUCCCAAAUGAUAAAGUUUAAUAAAUUAUCCAUUUUGGGGUGAAGCAGAA